GCCGCCUCCGGCAAGCCUACCGCGUGGUGCUCCAGGAGGUCUUGCGCGCGGGCGCUCUCCCCAGCGAGGACGGCGAACUGCAGGGGUUGAGGGCGUGGGCGCUGCUGAUCCUCGUGUGGCGCAUGCUGCUGCAGAGGCCCGCCAGCACGGGCGCUCCAGCGGCGCGCCGCGCAGGCGACGCCGAGGCGAGCCGCCAGCGCGCCCAAGAGAAGGCGGUGGCGCUGGUCAGGGCAGGCGGCCUCAGCAAAGCUCGACAGUUGCUGGCGUCGCGCGGGCUAGCGCCAGGCACGGCCGAGACGCUGGCUGAGCUGCGGGGCCCCGCUCGGCGCCCGCCACUGCUCGCGGCCGCGCUGCCGGCAGCUGCGCGCGCUUUCCGCCCGGCCCGCCCGGUCGAGCUAGACCGCCACAUUUGGUCUGGGUGCGUCCGCUCUGCGCCGAAGGGGUCUUCUAGCUCGCUGUGCGGAGCAAGCUUUGAGCUCCUCAAGUUGGCCUUGCGCGAGGAGGGCGCGCUCGAGCUUCAGGCUGCCGUGGCGGAGGUGCACGCCCGGGCAGAGGUCCCAGUGAGCGUCGCCCGCGCCCUCGGCACUGGCCGCGUGGCCGUGUUGCUGAAGGGCAGCGGCCGCGCGCGAGGGGUAGUGGCAGGAGAUGCCUUCCGCAGGCUUGUCGCGAAAGUACUUCUGGGAGUUGCGCGCAAGGUGACGCAGGGGGAGGGCGGAGAGCAGGGCGACCCGCCUAUGUCAGCGCUGCAUUCCUUGGCCCAACACGGCGCCCUGGAGAUGGCGCGCGCGCGGCUGCAACCUGGGGGGGAACUGCUUGCUUGCCGCGGCGACGUCUACAUCGUAUGCAGACCAGAGCGGGCCACUGCAGCUGUCUACGACGUCACGAACGCAAUGCGGGAGUGGGCGGGCAUCGAGGCGAACCUCGGCAAGCGCCGCCUGUGGAACCGAGGCGGCCUCGAAGCAGAAGUGCACCGGGCGCUGGGCACAGACGUGUGGGUCGGCGGGGCCCAGGCGCCAGAGGAGCACCGCGGCCUCAAGGUGCUCGGCGCGCCCCUUGGCGCGCCGGCGUUCGCAGCCAGGCAGACCAAGAGCGGACAGACGAGGGGCGCAGAUUCCUUCAAGAGCUCCCACACUUGCCCGACCUUCAGUGGGCACGGCCGCUCGCUCCAGGAAGUGCUGUGCGGCCUCCUCGACCUUGCCCCCUCGCUGACGGAGCUGGAGCCUGGCGAGUGGAAGCGCGGAUGGCAGUACCACGCGUCAGCAGCGCGAGCGCAACGGUUCAGGGGGGAUGUUGUGCGACCCAGCCUCGCAGAGGACCAGCAGUGGAAUUUUGACUCCGAAGGAGGCCGCUGCGGCGGGCGACGCCUUUCCCUGGUCCCGACGACGCCCGAAACUACCUUCACACCAGAGCGUUUCCGCGCGCUGCUCCUCCGACGGCUCCGCCUGCCUCCGGACACCGCAGCUAGCAGGUGCCACGGGCGCUCCUGCCAAGCCCGCCUUGACUUGCGCGGCGACCGCAGAGCAGCUUGCCCCCGCAGCGGACGGCUGCUCAAACGCGGCGCCCCCAUCGAACGGAUGUGGGCCAGGGUGUGCCUUGAGGCGGGGGGCCGCGUCCGCACCGACGUGUUUUUGCGCGACGUGGACCUGCCAGGCAUCGGGGCCGACGACGGGCGCCGAAUCGAGGUUGUCGCAAAUGGCCUCCCGGCCUACCACGGUCGCCAGGUCGCCAUCGAUGCCUGCAUCGCGUCGCCGCUGACGGCCGCUGGCAGGCCUGCCGCGCGGAGACGCCGCCCGGGGCUUGUGCUUCAGCGAGCCCGCCGCCGCAAUCAGACCACCUACCCCGAACUCGUGGGCUCCAGGCGCAGCUACCUCUUGGUGGCCGGAGCAGAAACGGGCGGACGCUCGGGCGAGGAAGCGUGCAAGUUCCUCGUGGUCUUGGCGCGGGCCCGGGCCAGGGGCGCGCCAGCUGCGCUCCGAGGGUCGCUGACAACCGCGCUUCUGCGCAGGUGGACUGGCAUGCUGUCCUUUGCCAUCCACGAGGACGAGGCAGCUGGCGCCAGGCCGCCUCGCGCCUGGGGCGCUGAACGGAACCCCGCUGCAGCUGGCGCAGGCCUGGGAGCGACCGGCGGGCAGGCCAGGCCGCGACAGGACGACCGCGCCGCGAGCGGCUGGCAGCGGCGGCGGCUGGAGGCAGCGGAGGCGGCCGGGGCGGCGGCCGCCUGGCUGUCGGCCGCGGCGGCGGCGGCGGAGGCAGGGGCAGCGCGGCGGCAGCAGCUGCGGCUUGCCGGCGGCGGCUGA